AUGGUGAAAGCAAACUUCGUGAAAGAAAAACUUGUGAGUGAUGAUUGGUGGGAUAAAGUAGCUUAUAUCAUUGAUUUUACAAAGCCUAUCUAUGACAUUCUUAGAGUAUGUGGCACUGAUAAGCCAUGUCUUCAUUUGGUAUAUAAGUUGUGGGAUUCCAUGAUUGAGAAAGUGAAGUGUGAAAUUUACACGAAGGAAAAACGUCCUCUUUCAGACUUCAGUCCUUUUUAUCAUGUUGUUUAUGGAAUUCUUAUAGCUCAUUGGACAAAGAGUUAUACUCCUCUUUAUUCCCUAGAUCAUUCACUAAAUCCAAGGUUUUAUAGUGAUGGUUGGCUAAGCGAGGAUCCUUAUAGAGUUGCUCCUCAUAGAGAUGGUGAAAUAUCUCGAGAGAGGAUGAAAUGUUUUCGUAGGUUAUUUCCCAAUGAUGAUGAUUAUGACAAAGUCUUGGAUGAAUUUACUUGUUUCUCACUUAAGCUCGGGCCUUUUGAAGAUUUGAUGUCUCUUACAAAGAGGUAUUCUUCGGAUCCGAAAAUUUGGUGGGAUAACUUUGGUGUCGAAGUUCCAUUGCUCCAAUAUUUGGCUUUCAAAGUGCUUGGACAACCUACUUCAUCCUCUUGUUGUGAAAGAAAUUGGAGCACUUAUUCUUUUAUCCACUCACUUAGGAGGAAUAAAUUAAAUCCGAGUCGCGCCGAAGAUUUAGUUUACAUCCACUACAAUCUUCGCCUUUUAUCAAGGAGUUCUAGUCAAUAUGAGGAUGAGAAAACCAAGAUGUGGGAUGCUGGUGGAGAUGAUUUUGAUUCAGUGGGAGAUGUUGGAUAUUUAGAGUUUGCCGAACUCUCGCUUGAUGAGCCGGAUUUAGAGAGUCAGUUAAUCUCGGAAGAUGUUAACAAUGUUUGA